AUGACAACCAGUGAGCUCCAAUAUCUGCCUCAGGAAACAACCCUCAACUUAUUAGUAGAUUCAGCGCCUGUCCAUCUCUUCCCAGAACUAUGGAGCAUCGUGUUCGCAAAGGCCGAUCGUGAUAGUGCCUGUCAACUUGCGGCAUCGUCCUCAGCACUUCGAAGGCUUGGUCUGCCUAACCUGUUCAAAAACAUCACGAUCGAAGACGAUGACAAGCGCUCACUCCAUGCACUCCGCUCAAUCCUCCCCAUGGCAUGCACAGUCGAGCUUCGAGACUUGCACUGCUCUCUUACGAUGAUGCUGUUCAUUUCAACCUUGCCACGUUUGAGGACUCUGAUAUUUGCGCCUGGUAUUGAUCUCGAUGCCCCCGGAGAUGACCACCUGGCCUUAGUCUUGUGGCUUCAUGCAGCCCCUCGCUUGCGCUACCUCACUCUGGAUCUUGCUCGUAUGCACAGGCGCGAUCUAGUGUCGGCGCUACUCUUGGUUCCCCGCUUACGCAAGCUCGUUGUGAUCAAUGGACGCACGUGGACGAUCGGCGGGGCCGUCGUGGGAUGCCCGUCCUGCAGUUGGCCUGAACUAGAAGAACUGAUCUUCCGAGAAGGCGUGGAACUCGCCUUCGUCGAGGGCCUAACACCUGGAAAUCAUUUCCCUGCCCUGAAGACCCUGCGCCUCAUCGAUUAUUUCCUUCUUCCACCCCCAUCUUCACUCGAUCGCUUGCUCGCUGCCUCGCAAAGCACCCUAUCGCAUCUCCACGUGGACUUGCCUGUUGCUUUGAUCAUGAUGGGGCCCGUUGGGUACCCCUUGGAUUCAAUGACGAGGAUGGUGCCACUCACCUGUAACAUCAGCCUUCCUUCCCUCCGGCACCUACGAGUUCUUUUGAACGGAGACCGAGCCAAUCGCUCUGGACAGCUUCGCACAGUGGAGAGGUUGACGCUCGGCCUCACGUUGCUUGCCAAGGCUCCGAUACGACUGCUUACCUUGGAGGUCAAGGUUGCCGUCGGUGUCAACAAAACUCUAGCUGCUGCUCCCAGCCGCAAGUACGACCGUUGGCAAGACGAGUCACUACCCGCUCAGUGCAACAUUGAGCUCUUACUCACAGUGCGAGAGUUAUCAACCUCGGAUAUGCUUGUGGCAGGGCCGCCCCGUAACUGGCCGGAUGCGGUCUGCGAGACCGUCCGAUAUCGUAUGCAGAAAUGUGCUGGUAUUACCCCAGUGGUGGCCCUUUCUUUUGUAGAAUGCGACGCGAGCACCCGUCUGCAGACGUGGCGAUGCCAUUCCAGGUCCUUAGACACGUAUCCAUCUCGUCGAGAACUUGGCACAUGGUUUAACGAUGGAGUUGAGGACGAAAGCGAGGAGGAACAACCUGAUUACGAAACCAUCCGUAUUGUGGACUACUUCCCUAGUCUCGACUACCGCAAUGUUGCAGUCGGAUAG